AUGCCACCAAUAUCCUCCGGCAACACAGAAAAUGAGCGGCCGGCACCUUUGCCGUUCCGAGGAAGUGCGUCGAUGAAAGCGCCAUCCCAAUCUCCAGCUCCGACGGCGGAGAUUCGUACUAUUCCCAGGGGCGCAUCGAAUGUUGAGGUCUUGCGCGGGGGGCUAAAAAAAAGAGCUGCUACCUCCAAAGAAUUUAAUGAAAUAUGGGAAUCUGAAGGAUUGCCGCACUUACGCAAGACCCUGAACGACAACUAUAACGGCGACUACAGCAUCACGAUCCAGUUCAACUACAACUCGAGCACAAGACUCGUUGAGGUCAUGACGUCUAGAAUCCUUUCCAACCAUGUUCAUCAAGAGGUCAAGAGCAAGGUCUUACCAUGUUUUGAGCAUGCACCGCAGCUCAUGGUCGAAAUACAUUUUCUUGUUGGGAGCGUCAGUCGUACCGCCGAUACCAACCGCCUUAGCCAGGAUUCGGAAGAUCAAUGGGCCAAGCCGAAAAACCCGUUCAAGCACUCGGUACAGUUAUGUGGCGACUCUAUUGGCGUCGAAGGGAUAGAUGGCGCCGCGACUAUUGGCCCUGCGGUGAAGCUCGGCAACAAUCGAGGAUGGCUUAUCAACUGGCAUCUCUUCGAGGGGAUUCAAGACUGGGCAACUCUUGAUACGGAUUCUGGUGUCCUCGACCACCAUUUGGUGCACCCAGCGCCUAUAGACUGCCCAAAAAACGAGAGUCCGAAAAGAAUUGCAAAGCUUCAUGCAUUCUCAGGGCCCAUGUUCAAGACUUAUCGUCCAUCCAAGUCUCUCAGACUGUUUGCAACCGCAAUUCCGCAUGAUAAGAAAGCGACAAUGAACGUUGUCACGGAUUGGGCCUUUUGCAUUGCGAAUAGACAUGAGUGGCUGCAGAAUCGGCUACGAUAUGCUCCGCCCGGGAUAGAGGUCGAUGCCGUUUCGGAUCCAAUGAGAGGCCAGUUUACAGAAAAUCCUCAGUUACAAAUCAUCAAGACAACUGGCCGGAGUAGCGGAUUUAGAUAUGCCGUGGUGUGUGAGACACCAGCUGAGGUCCGCAAGCUGCCCACGGAGCCAACCAGGGAAUGGUAUCUUGAACAAGCUAACAUUGGUCCGACCUUUGAUUGGGUCUGUGGAGGCCCAGGAAUGCCUGGAGACUCGGGAGCCGCUGUGGUUCACGAAGAAACCGAGUGCGUCCUUGGCCAGAUAUGGGGUCGAAACUGUUAUGGAGGCAACCACAGUGAUCUUAGGAUCACCUAUUUCACCCACAUCAUGGACAUCUUUGAUGACAUCGGAGAUCUUUAUCCGAGCGAAGGACCUUUGACUCUCAUACUGAGCGAAGAUGACCGGACUUCAACCAAUGCCCACAACGAACCCUCAACACUCAACGCUCCCAGAUCAACAUUUACACUCGAGACUUCAGUACGAUAUACUAUUUGGGACACAGGUGAUGAACACACUACAGAUGAGCGGAUGGGUGAGGAUCCUACUUUGGAUAUGGGCCACCAGAACAUGUUCCGUCGCAGUGCUGCAAAUGUAACUUUUGAAGACGAUGGGAUUAUGAUGAGGCGUAGCUCAAUAAUGAUAGCCACAUGA